GCCUGACCAACAACAAUACGCCAUGACAACAAUCGGUGCUGUCUAGGUACUGCCAUGUCCGGUCACUACGAUAAUAAUCAAGCAGUCCGCCCUCCACACUGCUACGGCUCCUGGGCUGUCGAUUGACAUAGCAUCCAGUCCAUCGCAUCCGCACCUUCCCCGCGUACGACGAUUCGGCCAUAGUAGGGCUGCGGGCGUAACACUUUCAACUCAAGAGGCUCGAGUUAGUUGAAGCGCGUGUGUAGCACCAGCCGAGGUACUGCGCUGGCAGUCUAGGGCCGUUGCGCGGUGUUCAGUGUGGGCUUUGGAGCGUACAUUGAACCCAACCCAUGGACGAUCGCGAACGACAGAGAAGCAUGUCCCUCAUACCGUAUGCGCCAGCAGAGUCGCGAGAAAUCGUCUUUCGCCACGGUUCCGCAGUGGUAGUGUACGACCAACGAUCCAAGCAACUUUCCCUCCGCGAUGCCUCACGAUCCAUCACCGUAGAAGCCACAUCAUGUCCAUACUGUCGCCGAUCCUACCGCGACCCCUCGCCCAGCGGGGAAGAUGAAAGCGACGAGCAUGAACAUGCACCAAGUAUACCAGAUGCGGAGAAUGGCUUCGUCAACCCAGGAUACUUUCAGAUGCUGCGUAGGAGCCAGCCAGGCUCAGAAGAGGGGUCGCGACCGCCUUCGCCACAUAAACAACUAGCACCUGCCCCAUUACAAGGCAGACCGAGCGAGUUCUAUGCACCAGAGGGAGCUGAAUUUGUGGGCAGCACCCCAGCACCUCCCACCAGAAGCCAGGGCAUAUCUGCGAGGGCCUUUAGCCCAAACUAUUUCAAAAGCUUCUUCGUGGAAGAACGAGAGUUAGGACGUGGAGGCAAAGGCGUUGUACUAUUGGUGCAGCACGUCCUGGACGGAGUUCAGUUGGGCAAGUUCGCGUGCAAGCGGGUGCCCGUGGGCGACGACCAUGAAUGGCUCGAAAAGGUUCUGGUUGAAGUGCAACUACUGCAAACGCUAUCGCACCAGAACCUAGUAUCAUACCGCCACGUGUGGUUGGAGGAUUACCAGAUAUCGAACUUUGGACCGAGUGUGCCGUGCGCCUUCAUAUUGCAACAGUAUUGCAAUAGUGGGGAUCUGCAUAGCUACAUUCUAGACUCGGCGAAGACGACUGUUACCAAAGAGCAGCUUAAAGAACGGCUAAGAAGGAGAUCCAAGGGUCAAUUGGAAGACCCCGAAGACCUACACGGACCGCGACGAAUGCACUUCGAGGAGAUUAUAUCCUUCUUCAAAGACAUUACAUCUGGUCUGCACCAUCUCCACGCAAACGGUUACAUCCAUCGAGAUCUGAAGCCAAGCAACUGUCUACUGCACAACACUGGUCAAAGGAUUAAAGUCCUCGUAAGCGACUUUGGUGAAGUCCAGUCGGCGAACGUUGCAAGAACGUCGACCGGUGCAACUGGAACCAUUUCAUACUGUGCCCCUGAGGUCCUCCGACAAGAGCGACCAGGGGGCGCGUUCGGCAACUUCACGACCAAAUCUGACAUCUUCUCCCUAGGUAUGAUUGUCUACUUCAUGUGCUUCGCGAAGCUGCCAUAUAGGAAUGCGGAUGGUAUUGACGAAGACAAUGAGGACGUGGACCAGCUAAAGGCGGAGAUCUCGACCUGGGCUGGCAUAGACGACGAGCAACGCGUACGGUCAGACUUACCAGACAAACUAUACAGGUCACUUAAGCGAUUACUUGCCUUGGCUCCGGAUGCACGCCCAGGCACAGAAGAGAUCCUACAUGUUCUCAAGUCUCCGUCGCUUUUCGAUGAGUUCAACACGUAUGCAGGCCCAUCUGGUCUCGAUGAGUUCAGUCCUCGCAUCUCGCGGGCUGAUACACCUAGCCCUGCUUCUGCUCAACUAGGCAGGAAGCGGUCUUCUAUUAGCUACCCACGCUCCGGCCCCUCAAGGCUUAGUGCCUCGGUCAUGGAUCGCUCUCCCAGUCCACCUCCGCAGCUCACUAGAAGCGAAUCGUCUGAGGAUGGUGCAGUCGUUUUGAGGCCGAGAAAGCUAGAGUUCCCGCCGCCGUCACCUGUGCGCAGAACCCCAUCACCGCAGCGGUUGAUGCUGCCUCCACCUCCAGCUAACGCGCCUUUACAGUUGUACAACGUACUGCGAAACGCUACAAUUAUCAACACUCUCAAACUCGGUCUCUUUUGCGCGAAAGCCUUCAGCCUCCUCUCUCCCUGUCAGCCAUUUGCGGCGGAUGCUCGGGUUGUGUACCCCCUGCUUUGCAUAGCAUCUCUCGACCUCUUGCCCUUUGGUUUGGGCACUAGGUCAACGGAAAGAUACGGUAGUCUAGGCGCACUGAGUGCCUCUAUUGUCCUUUUGCUAUUACAUGUAAUGAUUCUGAUCAUCUCAUUGAAGUCGGACAGACUGUGUGUGAGGAGAGAGGUAGCUUGGGAUGAGCUCUAGUAUUGACGCGAGGAUGCAGUUAAAGUGCGAGAGAAGUGUAGAGCGGCUCUUUUGCAUUUGGGAUUACUCUACCUAGCUUUUAGUAGCGGUGGGCAUGUUUAAAGAAUCUCUGUAUCUACCGUUAUCGUUCUUGAAGUAGGAACUAGCAGCCACCAAAUACAACAAGAUCACGGCCUUCAC